UUGACCACAUGGUACUGUCAGUCAGAAUUGUCAGGCAAGAUGGCAGACAAAGAGAAGUGGGCUUUGGCAAUAACAGUUUUUUUAGCCAGUUUUUUGUUGGGUCAGGCAGACCAUAAAGAAAAUGCUCCGAUGGGCCAGCUGUUUGUCUACGAGUUCCUCAGAGAGGUUUACCAGGGUCAAUUUGAGCCAGUUCAUAAACUUUAUGGUCAAACUUAUAAUGAUCCUAUGGUGUUUAAAUGCAACAAAGAGAAUUUCCCAGAUCUGCCCCGGUGGCUCCGCUUUACCCAGAGGGACCCCUAUCAAAAUGGCUUCCUUUAUGGUACACCAUUGCCACAGGACCAGGGCAGAAUCUCUAUAGAGAUUUUUGUGAUCAACAAACGAACCUAUGCUUUUAUUAGAGAGAGGCUGGUGAUAAACGUCGGUCCUGCAGGACAGCAAAUGCCAUACCAGGCCGAGUUCUUCCUAAAUAUGACAGAUAUCGAGAAAGUGCUGCCCAAAAAUGUUCGAUCGGACAUUAAAACAGACAUAAUGAAUCUAUGGGGAACAGACAAUAAACGGAUUGAAUAUGUAAACAUUACAUCUGCUCUGGACAGAGGCGGUCGGGUCCCCCUUCCUCUUGCAGGACAUUUUGAGGGUGUGUAUGUUAAGCUGGGUUCAGACCAGCCCUUUUCUAAGUGUUUGCUGAAAACUCAGACGGAGGGGCACAAGAGAAACUGUGCAGCUGGAGGCAGGACACCUGGAGAAUGCUACACAUGCUACAAUCCCAUCAACUGCAUAACCUGGUGCAAAACUGUCCUGUAUGAUCUAUCCAAGCCCGUUCCACCUGCUCCGGUCCCUACUGAGGGUUCAGGUAUCCUUGAGUGGGGUGGAGAGUUCAACCCUCCAGAUUCUCCUCCUGAAAGAGACUUCCUCCCUGAUUACAUCAUCACCAUCAUCAUUCCUCUUAUUAUAGCUCUGAUUCUCUGUCUCAUCCUGGCCUAUAUCAUGUGCUGCAGAAGAGAAGGAGUUGUAAAACGCAACGAAAAGACCCCCGAGCUCCAGCUGUACCACCACCACACCAUUCAGGAUAACGCCGAUGAGUUGAGGAAAAUGGCAGGGCGUGAUAGGUUAACUGCGGCCCCUCCUCGCCAAUGCUUACAGCCCCUCCUUAUGGCAGAGCAGGGCAUGGCGGGGCGCUGAGUAUUUUUGAGGUUCAAAAUUAUUUGUUGCUUUGUGUGCUUUGAGGAUAUUGUGUGAACCUGUAUGCUUCUCUUCUUUGUGUGUGUGAAAUUUUAUAAAAAAAAAAACAUCAACUUAUCAAAUUAAACUUUAGAAAAAUAA